CAAGAUCAUCUGAGAAGGCCACCCUGAUAAAACAGAGAAGGAUUUGAAAUACUUUCAAACACUCAAAAAUAAAUUUCAGAAGAGACCUACACUGGACAGAAUGUUCGCUUCGACGUCACAAAGAAAUGAUGAUAGUUUGCGGGCGUCUUACAAUAUCUCGUUACUUAUAGCAAAAUCCGGAAAACCGCAUACUAUCGGAGAGAAGUUAAUUUUGCCAGCCGUUGAAGAGGUUUUAAAAACUGUUUUACACAAACCUGCAUCUGAUAUCAUUAAAAUAAUUCCCUUAAGCAACAAUACUGUUGAAAGACGUAUUGCUGAAAUGAGUUCUGAUAUUGAAAGCUUCCUAUGUAAUUAUUUGCAAACGACCCAUUUCUCUAUACAACUGGACGAGUCAACUUUACCUGAUAAUGCAGCAUUAUUAUUGGCAUAUGUUCGUUUUAUUACGAAUCAAGAAAUCUACGAAGAACUGCUCUUCGCAAGAAAUUUUAUAAAUAACCGACACUAA